UGAAAAUUGUGAAAGUUCACAGAAAAGGCCAUAAAGCUAAAAAAAGACGAAAGCUGGUAAACACAAAAAGCAACUCCCUUUUCUCCCUUGCUAACAAGUUUUAAGUUUUAAGUUUUUAACAACCAACCCCAUCCUUCAUUCUUCUCUCUAGCCCUCUUUUCCUUUCCCUCUCUUAUCAGCAGACAAAAUUUCUCGGAAAUCUAUUGUUCCCAGGAAGCAUAUGUCAAUAUCUCUACCAAACUGGCAUUGAAGGCGGGGGUGGGGUUUAUGCGUGUGUCGCCUUCUCUGCUUCAUCGCCAGAAAACGUAUAUAUCUCAGCCGCGGAUCAUCCCAUGUUAGAAGCAACGGCUGGGCCUUCUUCUUCGUCUUCGUCCAAAGCAGCUUUGACUCCACGUCCAACGCCUCAGAAUGGGGUUUCUUUGCCGAAACGGAAGAGACGACCCGCCGGCACUCCAGAUCCAGAUGCAGAAGUCAUCUCACUCUCACCAAAGACACUGUUAGAAUCAGACAGAUUUGUGUGUGAGUUUUGCAACCAAGGCUUCCAGCGUGAGCAGAAUCUACAAAUGCACCGGCGGCGACACAAGGUGCCGUGGGAGGUGUUGAAAAGGCCUCCAGAAAUGCCAUUGGCGGCGACAACCAGGAAGCGGGUGUAUGUGUGCCCGGAGCCGACCUGCCUGCACCACGACCCUAAGCAUGCCCUUGGCGACCUGGUGGGCAUUAAGAAGCACUACAGACGGAAGCAUAGUGACAACAAGCAGUGGGUUUGUGACAAGUGUUCCAAGGGGUAUGCCGUCCAGUCUGAUUAUAAAGCCCAUAUCAAGACUUGUGGGACCCGUGGCCAUUGUUGUGAUUGUGGCCUCGUUUUUUCCAGAGUGGAGAGUUUUAUCGAGCACCAAGAUGCGUGCGAAGUGAAGCGAAACAACGGGACUGAUACACAACCACCACCAUUGCAACAGGCUAUUUGCUCAUCUACAACGCCUUCAACCACCACCACCGCCCAUUCUAGCGACACGAAUUUCAGCACCGUUGCGCCAUUCACAAUAUCAUUAGCUACAAUCUCUCCUUCCCCUAUUGAGCCCCCAAAUGGUUCGUCCAUUGUCGAUCUCACCAAUCAUCAACAACAACAGAGCUGCUUAGAGCUCCAGCUCUUACCACCAUCCUCCUCCGUUCUUCCAACCACAGAGGAGGACUAUUCCACUGGUUUGAGCCUGUCUAUUGGCCCAUGCAGCACGGACCAGAAAAACAAGCAAAAAGAAGGUAGUGGUGGUGGUGGUCUGAAUGCAAGUAGUUCGGUUUAUGAGGAGCUGAAAUUGGCUAUGGAUGAAAAAGCCUAUGCAGAGGAGAGGAGGUUAGAGGCGAGAAGGCAGACUGAAUUGGCUGAGUUGGAAUUUGCGAGUGCAAAGAGAAUUAGAAAAGCUGCAAAGGAUGAGCUCGAGGAGGCUGAGCUUUUAAAGGAGCAAUCGACCAAAAGGAUCAGUGCAAUAAUGCUCGAAAUCACCUGCCAUGCCUGCAAGCGGAAGUUCUCAAACUGAUGGCAUUGUUUUCGUCCUAUUUUUGAUGGCUACUCUCAGUUUUUAACUUUUAAAUUACUAGAGUAGAAGUAUGUAUCUUUUGUCAAAAUGGGGGUACCAACUCUAGUCCUCCUGAUAUGUUACAUCCUCCGUCCCAAAAAAUGUCUUGUUUGAGUAAUAUAUAUGGUUCUUUAAUUUUAUCGCUCUCACCCUAGCUUUAAAAGGUAUUUCAU